AUGGGAACCUCCUAUCAUCGCACACUUCUCGAGGGAAUAUCUGACGACACGGCCGAAACGAUGCUCGAGACGGAAGAACGAGCAAAGUACGAGGCGGAGUCGCAGCAGCUGCGCCUUGAUCUCAAGACAUGGGAGACCGAAUGGGCGCGUGACCACGACGGCGCGAAGCCUGGCCGAGCAGACAUCAAGCAGCACAGCGAAAUCGCCCAGAAAUACACGGCCUACAACCGGGUACGGAGCAUUCUGUCCGGCAAAGUGCCCCCGUCCGAGGCCGCGAAGAGAGAGCCGAAGAAGGACGACUCGGAGGCCAGACGGAAGCGCAAGACCGAGGCCGAUGCGCCUGCCGAGACGCCCACCAAGCGGCUGCGCCCGGUAGAGACGCCACAGAAGACCAGCACCGCGGCCGUGGCCGAUGCCGUGACGCCGUCCAUCUCUCGCCGACUCUUCAGUCCCGUGGUGCCGACGUCGAUUGGCCCGACGCCCCAGCGUGAUGGCCGUGUGCUGGGCCUGUUUGACUUUCUGGCCGAGGAAGCAGGCUCAGCCGAGCGGCGGAAGAGCAUGGCAGGCACGCCGUCCAAGCGCAAAAACGCGCCGGGAAAAGUAGCCGCAGCAACAGCAUCGACAUCGGCAGCGCUGCCAUCACAGCCACCACUGUUUGCAGAGUCUGUGGCCACGCCACGCAAGCAGACGCUCGCGCGCUACGGGGACGAGGACGAGGACGCGGAAGACGGCCAUCGACGACUGGGCCGCACACCCAUGUCGUCGGCCAAGAGGAAUCUGCUGGACCGCUUCACGGCAGGGACGACGUCGGCCGGCAGAACUGCAUCCGCCGCAGCGGACAGCUUCAUGAUCAUGUCACCGCUGCGAGCACGUGACGCGAACGUGCAGCAGGGCGGCAGCGGGCAGCCGGACCAGGACCAGGACAAGCAGCAGCAGCAGCAGCAGCAGCAGCCGCAGUCGCCGUUGCCGCCGUUUGCCACGCCGACGUUUCUGCGACGCGCUCCGGUACAGCUGUCGGUGGACGAGAACGGCGAGUUUUUGUCGCCGCCCGGCCGGCUGCGGCUGCCACGGAAGCCGCUAGUGCGCGGCCUCAGCAGCGUGCUGGCCGGCCUGCGCAAGCUAGAGGAUGACCGACUGGACGAGGAGCUGGAUGUGCUGCGGGAACUGGAGGCAGAGGAAGCAGGCGGACCGCCGGUGAGGAGAACGAAGACAUCCGAGGAAGCUGCUCCGGUGCAAGACGGCCAGCGGCUCCUGGGCGGAUUCGACGACGAGGGUCUGUACGACAGCGCGCCCGAGGAGCAGACCGGCCGCGACGGCCAGCCGCUGCGGUUGUUCAAGAAGAAAGGCCAGAAGCGCACGACGCGGCUGGUAUACAUGCGACCGACGCGGACGAAGCGACCGGUGGCGGACGCGACCGUUGGGCAAGAUGGCAGCGACUUUGACGAGGAGGACGACAAGAACGACGGCGAGCACGAGGCUGUGCCUCUGACUGGCGGUGGCGGCUCAGACGACGAGUGGAGCGACGGAGAAGAGCAGACGCAGCAGGCAGCCAAGGAGAAGAAGGACAAGGACAAGAAGAGGGACAAAAAGGCAACAGCAGCAGCAGCAGAUGGCACAGAAGACAGAGAGAGCAAGGCUGGACCGGUGAGGCGGGCGGCACGCAAGGUGAACGAGCUGGCGCAUGCCAACUUCAAGCGGCUGAAGCUGCGCAACUCUGGGUCCAAGGGCGGGCCCGGAUUCAACAGCCGAUUCCGGCGGCGGCGGUGA